GGCCGCGGCGGCAGCAGCAGCAGCGGGGCCAUGGCCGCCGACGUGUUCAUGCGGCCGGCGCGGCUGCUCGGGGCGGCGGGGCCGCUGUCCCCCCGCACGGAGCCCGACGAGGACUCGUCGGACACGGACGAUGGCGGAGCCUCGCCGGGCGGGGGGCGGCGGUGCGGGCCGCGGCGGGGACAACCCCCGGGCCCGCAGAUCAUCCACUCGGGGCACUUCAUGGUCUCGUCGCCUCACAGCGAGCACCCGCCCAAGAAGGGCUACGACUUCGACACGGUCAACGAGCAGACCUGCCAGACYUACCAGUUCGGGGCGGCCCGCGGCGGCGGAGGCACCGGCGGCCGCCUCAGCAUCGACGCGUCCCUCACGAAGCUCUUCGAGUGCAUGUCCCUGGCCUACAGUGGAAGGCUGGUUUCACCAAAAUGGAAAAAUUUUAAGGGAUUGAAACUUCAGUGGAGAGAUAAAAUCCGUCUCAAUAACGCCAUCUGGAGGGCCUGGUAUAUGCAGUACCUGGAGAAGCGCAAGAACCCCGUGUGCCACUUUGUGACCCCUCUGGACGGCUCCGUGGAUGUCGAUGAGCACCGUCGGCCAGAGGCCAUUGCAACAGAAGGGAAAUAYUGGAAACGAAGAAUUGAAAUAGUCGUCAGGGAAUACCACAAGUGGAGAACAUACUUCAAGAAAAGGUUACAGAAACAUAAAGAUGAAGAUCUUUCAAGUUUGGUCAGGGAUGAUGAUGUGGUUCUCUGGCARAAAAGAAGGUAUGGCAGAGAAACCCCUGUGCCAAUGGAGGAAGGCAGCCUCUUGGAUGCAGACAUGCUCAUGUCCGAGUUCACAGACACCCUGUUCUCCACACUGUCUUCGCAUCAGCUGGUUUCCUGGCCGAAUUCCAGGGACAUAGGACACUUAGGAAAUGCUGACAUGAUUCAACCAGGGCUUAUUCCUCUCCAGCCAAAUUUUGAUUUUAUGGAUACUUUUGAGCCUUUUCAGGAACUAUUCACGCCCAGUCGCUCCAGUAAUUAUUUCCCUUCYGUGUCUGCUGUCAGCUCAGCUACCACAGACAGCAGCAGCCACUCUUCCCAGUCUCCUGUCCUGCCGUCGGGUUCAUUGCCCAACACGCUCCCAGCAGGGAACAUCAGCGACGGACUGAUUCCUUCCUCAGUACCUUCUCCUGUCAUUCCUGACGUUGUUGCUGACCAGUGUUCCAGCAUUAGAAGUGGGGGAUCUUUCAUCCAGCCAGCAGAAUUCCCUGCYGACUCGUCUCUCAGCGGGCCACAAACUUUCAUGUCAGUGUUCCAGCCGGCCCUGCCGCUGCUGCAGCCCCCGAGCGCACAGCACCCAUCGCCGCUGCCCGCGGUGCCGCUGAGCCCUGCACCGGCMGCCUUUGCUGCUCCAGAAACGCCCAAAUUCGGCCUCUGUGAAUCCACGGUCAUCACUCACACUGCUUCGGCCACGCUGACCCAGAACGCUCCUGCCACCACCUUCAGCCAGAGCCAGAGCCUGGUGCUGGCCACGCAGCAGCCGGGGGCAGGAGUGCCUUGUAACCUGGCCUUCCAGACUGCUGUUGUGCAGGGGCAGCCCCGGCCCCAGCUGCAAUCCCAGCUGACAUUUGCACUCCCCAAACCUGUUCCUCUGGCCAGUGCUGGGACAAGGCCCAAACAGUCACAGAAAAUAGUGCCUGCUCCGAAGCCUGAAACAGUGUCCUUAUUGGUAAAGAAUGCCUUCAUCACCCCAGCUGCCUUUCAGGGACAGUCCAGAGCUGUGAUUGUAACUCCAGCACCUUUAAAAAGAGAGGGGAUUUUGACGCCAGCCACGUCUCAGUCUAAUGUUGCAAUUGCACCAGCUGGAAUUGUCAGAGCUCCCCGGGUGACGGAGUUCCAUAGUAACAUUCUGGUUGGUCCAGCACAGCAAGCACCAAGUAGUCAACAAAGCCAGUCCACAGUCUCACAUCUCUUCCCUCCUAGUGUAGUCCAGGAUGUGUUGGUGAAAGGAGAGCACAUCCCUUCCCACAGUUGCUGUUUACAAGUUCCCUCACCUACACCUAGCCGGGACUGUCAGAAUUCAGGCCAGGCUUCCCCCUGUGCCUCUGAGCAGAGCCCCAGUCCRCAGUCUCCUCAGAACAGCUGCUCAGGAAAACCUGCCACUGACCCUWCUAUGGCUGCAUUUAAGAAUCGAAGGAUGAAGCAUCUUUCGGAACAAAAACGAAGAUUUAAUAUCAAGAUUGGUUUCAGUGCUCUGAACAGCUUGGUGUCAGCCAACUCCAAGUCGAUCAGCCAUGCCAUCACACUCCAGAAAACAGUGGAAUACAUCGCUAAGCUGCAGCAGGAGAGGACACAGAUGCAGGAGGAAACCAGACGCCUCCGGGAAGAGAUCGAGGAGCUGAACGCCACCAUCCUUUCUUGCCAGCAGCAGCUCCCUGCUACUGGGGUUCCUGUAACACGACAGAGGUUUGACCACAUGAGGAGGUUGUUUGAUGAGUAUGUGAGAAGCAGGACCCUGCAGAACUGGAAGUUUUGGAUUUUCAGCAUUAUUAUUAAGCCAUUGUUUGAGUCCUUCAAUGAGAUGGUUUCCACAACAAGCUUUAAGGAUCUGAGGGAAACUGCACUGGCCUGGUUGGAUCAGCACUGUUCUCUUCCUGUUCUGAGGCCAAUGGUGCUGAACACCCUCCGGCACCUGAGCACGACCACGUCGAUCCUGUCGGACCCAUCGCAGCUGCCGGAGCAGGCSCGGGAGGCCGUGGCCAAGGUGAACAAGAGAGCAGGGGAGACCUAACAACCAAAGACACUGAGGUGCUUGUCCCAGGGUGGAGAACACACCCAGCCCCGCCUGCCCAGGCUCCUCCAGUCGGUGCACUUUAGAAAAGGAUUCUCUCCAUCACCCGAGAUGCUGUCAGGGCACCUGGCCCUGCCUUGGGAACGGGUGCAGGUGUGAGGCAGCGUUGUCAGAACGUUUUGGUUCCUCUCCAGUGCUGUGCUGUGCUCCAUCACGUGAGAAAAAACACCAAGCUCAGGUAAACUCAGCAGGUUUGAGCCCUGCAGGCAGCAAUAGAUCUCCAUCAAUGCAUCUGUAUGCAACUAAGAGAUUUCUAUGAAACACCCUCAAUUCUCUGAAGUGUAAAUCGUGUACACCGAGGAAUGUGCUCUUCAAGGGGAAAAAAUAAUUUCGAUUUCAUGAAGCAAAACGUGCUUUCUAUUUUGUUUUCUGGUAUUCGGUUCCAUUUGUUUUACUUGAAUAGUGAAAAUUGUUAAACAGGAUCAUAUGAAAAACCAAAGGAGAAGAAAAAUCCGUCAGUGAUGUCAACUUGUGGCAAAAAUACUAGAAUUAAAAUCUCAGGCUGUGUUUUGUGUAUUUUUAUUUUAAYGAGUGUAUCAUUGCAUAUGAUCGGUUUCAAGACGUGCUUUAUUUUCUAGUAAAUAAAGUAGCUGAUUUUUAUUAUUUUUUCUGAUAUAGCCAUUGCAAGGGAGUAGCAGGCUGUGCAGUAAGUGCAAGAAAGGAGUUUKAGAUUGUAUAAAUUCUGCAGUUAGGAUAAAUUAUGAAUUUUAUACCAGUUUAAUCAAUGAACUAUUUUCUUGCACUCUGCACAGUUCAGCUGCCAUCCUCACAAAAUGUGCACAUAUGAAACACAUCCAUAGGUAAAUGUAGUAGCACUUCAGAGGCAAGAAUUGAGUUUGUAAUGUUAAAAAAUUGGCUUUUUUGUUAUCUGAGAAGCUAUAUCAAACCACACGGACUUGUAGUCAGUUUUUUGCUUCCUUGUCUUUUCUGCUKCUUCUUUUUGCCUUCUAUCUGAAAAACCUGAAGGACUUUGCAAAGCCUGGUCUGUAWGGGAAAGUUACCUUCUGUGUGAAUUAUAAAACAUACAAAAUUAUGUUUAAAACUCAAAAUACUGCAUAACAUUUUUCUGUGAGAGUCUCAGCAUGUACUGUGUUCUGCUGCAGGUAAACAGAGUCCCUUUGCAGCAGUGAUUGUCCAUCCUGAGACUGGGAUGUUCAUUCCAGCUGAUUGUUCAUAGUCUGGGAUGAUCCUGUGACCCUUUGUAAUUCCACUCAUGGCKUGAUCCUGAUUAUUCAGAGCUGUGCAAAUGGUGGGAAUGUUACCCUUGAGCAGUUUUCUUCAGUCCCCAGAGCAGGCUGGAGGUGAUGGGGGUUGCACUCACUGGAAAGGGCUCAGUAGGUUCUCCUUGGGGAAAGGAGCUUUUCUCAGCGUUGUCCCCAAUCCCCUCCACUUGGUGGGCCAAAGUUUGAAAGGAAACAUUAGGCCUGGAGAGUAGGACUGAGUACAGGGGAUGGUUUUGAUCUCGUUUCUCCUUUGUCCUGAAUUUUUGUAGCUAAUGGCUUUCCUUGCAGAGUUCCUUCUGUGAGAGCAGCACUGUAGCAAGGAGAAGGUACAAAAGGUGAGCCCCAACACCCUGUCCCUGCACAGAGGAAUGGGGCUGAAGGGGAAGGCAGAAUGGCACAUUUUGUACCAGCACACCUUCCUCUAGUUGAGCAGACAGAGGGGGAGAUGCUUUUCUUGUUAUUUUUUUACAGUAGAUUUGAUACGUAAUUUGAAGUUCACGGCACAUGUGAAUACUUGUGUCCCUGUGACAGAAGCUACAAAAUUCCAAGUCUCAACCAAGGAAUGAUAUGCAAAGGUUGUCCCAGUAAUUAAAUAGUGAGCAKAUUUUCUGGAGGGAUCCAUUUCCAGGUCUUUGAUAAUUAAGCAAUACUCUUUUGGAUACAUCUGGGUAAGAAGUAUUSAAUAAGUAAAUCCUAAAAAUCAAUGCUUUCAAUCCUCACAUUUUUAUCACUGGUUGUGAAUUUGAUUUUAGUAAAAUAGUUUUAUAGUGUGAUGAGCUGGGGAUGUUCCUCACAUCCUUUCCUUGGAGAGCUCAUUUCGCUGAGAUGCACCGAUGCCUGAUUAUGUGUUGAAAAUGUGUCUGGGUUUCAAGCAAGAAAGCAGUAGGCAUAUUAUCCAAGAGCUGGUGUUUUUGCUGACCUUUUCAGAUGAGCAGAUCCUGUAAGGUGUGAUCUCCUUGUCAGCAGUGAUGGUGUGUGAUUUUAACCAUUUCUGGUAUCGAUGACGUGGGAGUCUUGUCCCAACAAGCACAGUGCAGUACAUAUUUCAGGGCCCAGGGAAAUCUGACAGCUGAAAUUAAACAUAUCUCACUGAAAGGAUUGGAAGCUGAAAAYGACCUUAAAGAAAUAGGAAGGGGUAAUUUGACUGAAGUGCUAAAAAAUUUUGUCCGUUCACAGCUUUUAUGUGGAUGUAGAUGGAAAACUCAUUAUUCUGAUUGCACCAUUAGCUGGUUAGAACUGGAGGGAAAGUGCUUAUUUWAUAAACUGUGGUGCAAAAACAUGGUCAAAGCACUGUUAAAAAACUGCAAAUCUUAAAGUAAAGAGAAAAAAAUUAAAUAUUUCUUACUUAGGCAGGAGUGUAGGAGGGAGGAGAGGAAAAGUGAAAAGAUAUUUUCCAUGUAGUGCAAUUACCAGAAAUGAUGUGGCUGCUCUUUGAAGCAGUGAUUCAAUAUCUUGUCACCCUGUUAUUGCAAUUCAGAAUUCUUUUCUUUUAUCAGUCAGCCUUGUGAGGAGAGUGAUUUCACUUCGUUUGGAAACACAGGAGGAAAAAAGCUGGUUUAUGUCUCAAAUCUGAACAGUAGAACCACUAAAGAUUGAUGUAAAAGGAGAUGGACCACGUAUGUAUUAGUUCUUGCAUAGUUUUCCAGUUUGAUUUAUGUUUAAGCACCUUAGUCUUUGUUACCCAUUAAGGAGUUGAAAUAYUUUAUUUUUUUUCAAAGUUUAGUAACAAUUUCUCCCCCCCAGUUUAAGCACUCUGAUUUUCUCAGUGUCACCAAAGUAAGCGAGCCAAACACACAGUGCCUACAGUCUGCACAGARUUCCAGGUGCUGCACAUCUGUCUGGUGCUAAAAUUUUGGAGAACCCCCAUAUAAUCGAAUACAAGUCAGAUUCAGUYGAAUCCAACAUUUCACUCAGUAAAGGAGUGGCUAAAUAACUUAUUUAUGGCCUGUGAUAUGCACAAAAUCAAACUGGGACUGUCUGCUGGUUCCUUCUAACCUCAGAUUGUAUUGAUCAGUAUAUGGUAGGUGGCCCCACCCCAAGUUCUGGGCAUUAUCUGAUGUAUUUACUAGCUUGUAUUGUAGUUGUUGGCCUCCUUUUAGCAGGAGCAGUAAAGUCCAGGAGCAAACUARAAUUGAAGGAAUUACUGAGGAGUGGGAUCAGAGACAAGUGCACGCUUCACCAUGACAGUGAUCUCUGCACAAAACCAAAGGAUUCUUGAUUAAUACCAUUUCACCUGACUGGAAUGUUCAACAAUGCUUUUCUAGACCCCUGGGGAAGGCUUUCUUGAAGGGGGCCCUACCAGAAUGUUUCCAUCUGUGCCUUAGAUCUUGGUGUAGUGUAUGCAUUUGACUAAUCAUAGGUCAUACAUUGUUCCCCCUAAAAUGAUGCUCUGUGGAAAAUUCAGYGAAUGGAGGAAGUGGGGCUUCCCUGGCUUUUUUUGAGGAUUUUUAUCUGUGUGACCCUUUCAGACUGAGGUUGUGAGUAACUAUCUAUGUAUGGAAAAAAUUGCAUMGUUCUGCUGAAUCCCCUGCCCUCCAGGGGACACGUGUGCACACRUGGACAUAACCUCUGGUAUGAGAAACCCAGAAAAAGGCAAGGGCUUAAACCUCUCAAUCUGAAAUGGCUUGAAAAGACAAAGGGCUGUGAAAUUUAUUGAAAAACUGCAUCCCUUUGURUCUUCAGGUUUGUUACAUUCCUUUGUGAGUGUGUUUGUGUUCACAUGUGGUAGAAGCGACAGGGACAGGUAAAUUUAGUUUUAUUUGCUUUUAAAGCCCAAGACUUCUGAAAAGCAGUUUGGGAACAGGAGAGGGAAGCUCACUGCAGAAAUGUUCAGUAUGAUARUGCUUUGUAGUACAAAUUAUUUGAAGGCUGUUUCACUUUCUCAGUUUCUAGARUGGACAAUUCUUGCCUUGGUAUUGCCAGCUAGAAGGUACUGCUGGAAAUAGAAUGGUUUUUUUACUGUUUUCACCUUUCUCUAUUUUUUUUGUAUUUCUUUCCACCUUUGUUGCACGGAAAACCACCAAAAAUCAAAAUGCUGAUGACAUCCAGUUUAGGUUCUUUAGGGAUUCAGUCACACCAGUCUGGAGGACUAUGAAAAACUGUCAGUAACUUUUAUGAGAUUUUUAAAUCAGGUCAGACAUCAGGAGUUUUCCUAUAACUCCUUAAUUUAUACACUUAAGUUUCAGAGGAGAUUAUUUGUUUUGGGUUUUUUCUUUUAUAGGACCCCAAUAUUUUUCCCACAACAUCAGUUAAAGCUCAGUUUUCUUUUGUUUUAUCCUUGGUUGGAUUUUCUGCUCAUUUACUGUGUUAGAGCAGAAGUGGUAGAACCAAAYUGUAGUCUUAUCUGUAAAACUUGAAUUCUUCAGUUAAAAUUACAGUAACUUCAGUUACAAAGAAACACACCUUAGGUAUAUAAUGGAAUUAAUUUCUAGCCAUUGUCUGGACUUUUUAUAUCUGAACUUUUCCAACAUGAAUAARGUUUUCAAUCAAAAGAUAUCAAUGUUAUGAGCAAGCCUUUUAAUAAUACAAUGACUAAAUAGCUCUUUUUCUUCUUCUAACCUUGUAUUUAAAUGUGUUUYAAGUGAAUGGAAUUCAUUCUUGUUAAAAAAAAAAGGAAAAAAAGAAAGCUUGAAGGUAUGAGGACUUCAGGUUGUGCUCUUGCUUUGCUUAGGUUUCCUGUUCUGUUGCAUGACACAACUUCUGUUGUGCUGUUGAUAUGUAGCACUUUUCAGUAGGUCUGUUUAAAUUGUGCAAUGCAUUUUUUUAUAUUUACAACCAAAACAAUAAAGGAUAUUUUUU